AUGGCGACUACCGUGGACAAGAUGGCCAAAACUCAAAAAAAUAAAAAUACGUCAUUUCACCUUGGACAAUUGAAAGCAAAGCUUGCCAAGUUAAAGCGAGAACUCCUGACGCCUUCGGGAGGCGGCGGUGGUGGUGGUGGAGUGGGAUUUGAUGUGGCUCGUACUGGUGUUGCGAGUGUGGGUUUCAUCGGGUUUCCUUCGGUCGGCAAGAGUACGUUGAUGAGUAGGCUUACUGGGCAGCACUCCGAAGCUGCUGCUUACGAGUUCACCACUUUGACAACGGUGCCCGGACAAGUCAUGUACAAUGGUGCCAAGAUUCAGAUUUUGGAUUUGCCCGGUAUUAUUCAAGGAGCCAAAGAUGGCAAAGGCCGUGGUCGACAAGUUAUUGCGGUGGCGAAGACGUGUCACCUCAUUUUCAUUGUUUUGGACGUCAAUAAGCCCUUGACGGAUAAGAAGGUCAUCGAGAAUGAGCUGGAAGGAUUUGGCAUCCGAAUCAAUAAGCAGCCACCGAAUAUUGUGUUCAAAAAGAAGGAGAAGGGAGGCGUCUCCAUCUCAAGUACAGUACCGCUGACGCAUAUUGACAAUGAGGAAAUUCGAGCGGUUAUGAGUGAAUACAAGAUUACAUCCGCAGAUAUUGCCAUCCGGUGCGAUGCCACGAUUGAUGAUCUUAUUGACGUGCUCGAAGCGAAGAGUAGACGUUAUAUACCUGUGAUUUAUGCCUUGAACAAGAUUGAUUCCAUUUCCAUCGAGGAACUGGAUCUGCUAUACCGGAUCCCCAAUGCCUGCCCGAUUAGCUCGGAGCACGGAUGGAACGUGGACGAGCUGCUUGAGCAGAUGUGGGAGAAGCUGAAUCUUCGACGAGUGUACACCAAACCAAAGGGCAAGCAACCAGAUUAUACGGCGCCGGUCGUCUUGAGGAGCACAGCAUGCACCGUCGAAGACUUUUGCAAUGCUAUCCACAAAUCGAUUGUUGAUCAGUUCAAGGUGGCAAUCGUCUACGGGCAAUCUGUCAAACAUCAGCCGCAGCGCGUUGGGCUUAGCCACGAGCUUGCUGAUGAGGAUAUUAUUACCAUUCUAAAGCGAUAA